CCCAGCGUGUCACAAUUUUCUCUCCUAGGUACAACAUCUUGCCAUAAUGAUAAAGUACAGCUCCAGCUUCCAAAAGAACUUCAGAACAGUCAUUCCUGGCAAGUGAAAACUCUUGAUGCAGCUGGGGAAGAAGCAGGUGACUGUGACUAUGCUGUGGACAAUGGAACACAGACACUAACUAUUCUCUACAUCAGCUGCACUAAACCGGAGCCUGCCAAGCGCCAUCUACAACUUAAGGUGACGGAGCCUUCGAAGAACCUGACUUACAGAGUGGACUGUGAAGCUCUCCAGGCUGAUGAAACCUCUUUGCCAAGAACUGUGGCCAGCACUACAAACUGUACCAAGGAUUUCAUGGCUGGAGCAGGCCGCCCGCCAACUGGGGGAGGGCAUACCUCCCAGGACAGGCCCCUGAUGCUGGGGGCUGGGCUGGUUGUCUUCCCAAGACUCAUCCCCAGUUUGCAUGAUGAACAUAUGGUGGCGGAGGCUCCAAUGGAGUGGGUUGUAUCAAUAGAAGACAGAAUGAAAACGCACACUCUAAACCUUCGGCAAGCCAUGCAGCAGGGGUACACCUUCCUAACGGAUGGCAAUAAUAUCAUCUUUCAAGUCUCUUUCGAUGCUACUGGGGUCGCUGCUUAUAAGCAAGACGGUGGUGUGCUGUACACAGCGGCCCUGAAGCUUUCCUAUGGGCCUCCGGAACGACGGCUGACUGUGGAAUCAAGAAUGGUUUGUGCUCCAGGCCCAGCAACAUGUAACUCCACACACAUGAUGAUUGCUAUCCCAGCUUUCCCGGGAAUACUGUCUGCCAUCAACCUAGACAAUAAGAACAUUCCACUGAGCCAACGUCAAGCUGAUGGAGUCACUGUGGACCUAAGAAGGGGUGUGAAGCUAUAUAUCAACAAGAAGAUCCUAAAGUCUAGGAUCUACAGAAAUGACGGCUGUUCCAGCUUCCAGUCUUACGCUUCCUUCCUCCAACUGAGUUUCAGCUUCCAUGGCGAAAUGGCAACCAUGACUACCUACCCAGAGUGUCCUUGUGAGCCAAAUGCACCACUGGCUGCCACCUGCACAGAAGAUGGACACAUGGAUUUUGAAAUAUCUAGCAGCAGCACGAAGCCUGCUCUGAACCUGGAUACAGUCCAGCUCAAAGAUCCCACCUGCAAGCCAGUCUUCAGGUCACCUUCUGGUGACACGGUUCAGUUUCACGUCCCCCUCAAUGGUUGUGGGACCAGGCAAAGGUUUGACGGUGAUAAGAUGGUGUAUGAGAAUGAAGUGAGUGCCCUGUUAAUGGACCUUCCACCACGCAGGAUAUCUAGAGACAGUGAAUUCAGGCUGACCGUGGUCUGCUUCUACAGUAGUGACGAUGCUUCACUGAAUGGCAAAAUAAUCAGCCUUCCUCCUCCAGAGUUGGUCAUAGACCAAGGCCCUCUCUCCUUGAUCCUCCUCCUCUACCCAGAUAACUCCUACCACCAGCCUUACAGUGACAGUCGGCAUCCAGUUGUAAAGUAUCUGCGGCAGCCCAUCUUCUUGGAGGUCCAAGUCCUUAACCGCGACGAUCCCAACAUCCACCUGGUGCUUGAUGACUGCUGGGCAACACUGUCUCCAGAUCCUACCUCCCUCCCACGCUGGAACAUUGUGGUGGAUGGCUGCGAUUAUGAGCUUGAUGCCUACAAAACGGUGUUCCAUCCCGUGAGCCGUGGGGUUGCAUAUCCCAACUUUCGCCAGAGGUUUGAAGUGAAAGCUUUUGCCUUUGUUUCAGGUGGCAAAGCUCUCCCCAGCCUGGUCUAUUUCCACUGCAGUGCCCUCCUCUGUGACAGACUGGGCCCAGAUUCCCCUCUCUGCUCAACAAGGUGUCCUCCUUCCAGAAGCAGAAGAGACUUGGCCGAAGGGAAGAAUUCAACAACAGUGACCCUCCCUCGUCCGGUCCUUCUGGUACCAGAAAAGCAGCCUUUGAUCAGAGGUCAACAGAAGCAGAGUGAAGGCCUCUGGGUAACAGCCAUCUUGAUCAUUGCCAUGACUCUUGGGCUUGUGG